GCCUAGUGGCGAUUUCGAGCGCGUCAUGUCCAGUAACGGGGACGGUUGGUGAAGGGCACGUCGACGUCGUGUAAACCUGUGAUUGAUAAUUAAAGGUCGGAUGCAAAUCGAUAACGAGACUCGCACUAUGUCAUAAACAACAUUAUUCCGUUCAUAUCUACGAUGUCGACCAACAAGGACACAGUGCCAGCCGGAUCUUACGCAUAUACUGACACACUCAAGGGUGUUUUCUAUGGACCCAAUUGCGUUGAAACCGCACUCCCAAAACUUUUGGACACGCUUGGAGCCAAACGAGCACUUAUCGUAACUGGAAAGUCUCUCCGUUACAAGACUAACGUGGUGGAAAGAAUCGAGAACAUCUUGAAGAAAUCCAAUGCAUUUGGUGCUACUUUCUCGGAAAUCGGGGAGCAUACUCCUGAGGCUGGUAUCGAGAACGGCGUCUCCGAGUUUCGUGAAGUCGGCGCCGACAUCAUAGUGUCCGUUGGCGGAGGCUCUCCCAUCGAUGCAUCGAAGGCUAUUAUUUUCAGGCUGCAUGAACAAAAAGUACAAGAAACGUCUGGCCAAGAGCCCGAGUUCUUGCGGCAAAUUGCAAUACCAACAACCCUGAGUGCAGCUGAAUACUCGAUUGGUGCAGGAUAUACCAAUAAUCAGGGUGACAAGGUAUCUGUCGCUCAUCAAGAGCUUGCUCCAGCAGGGAUCAUACUGGACGCAGAGUUGACUCUUUCGACACCUGAACAACUAUGGCUUUCUACUGGCAUGCGUGCGCUGGACCAUGCAGUUGAGAGUCUAUACAGACCCGGAGUACCCCUACCGUUGAAAAAGCUAUGCCUUGCAGCCAUCGCCGAUCUUUUCCGCUUUCUCAUGCUGUCGAAGAAAGACGGCAAAGAUCUUGCUGCAAGGCAGAGGCUGCAGGUUGCGUCGUGGAUGAGCUUAUGGCCGCGGAAGGUUGAACAGCACAGCCCGUUAGGAUUAUCACACACACUAGGUCACAAGCUUGGAGCAACCUAUGGAAUACCGCAUGGCAUCACCUCAUGCUUGACGCUUGCGCCAGUCGUCAACCUACAGGCGGAAAUAGCAAGCCAAGAGGACAAGGAGUACCUUGCUGAAGCCUUAUUCUAUCUCAGAGAACCAUCAACUGGGACUGUUGAUGGAGAUGUCAGGAAAUUGUCGCACAUGAUCAACAGCCUUGUACAAGAGCUUGGGCUGCAGAAGACGCUGAGCCAAUACGGUGUACCAACGACCGAUAUCGAACAGAUCGCAAUCCGUACAGUUGGUCAAGAGGACGAAGAGUUGCUCUCAAAGGUGAAGAUUCUUUUGGAGAGCAUCUACUAAUGAGUUCUGCUCGUGAUUGAGUACAAUAGACGCCGUCAGUGUAAAUAUAUGCAUGAACCCCACAGUCCCCCACUCAAUCAUUGUUCGCGACGCUUACCUCGUACAAGCUAAAUUGUGUGUAGGUGGGCGUGUUUUUUUGUGUUGGGUUUAGAACUUCGCACA